AUGCCUGAACCUCCACCACAAAAACCGCUCUACCCAAAAACUACUUUUUCUAUACCAGAAGUAUAUAAUCCAGAAAGUAAAGCAACAGAAUCGUUCCAGAUAGUCCCAAAACCUUGGAAAUCAAAUCCUUUCAUCCCUCUAAAACGUUGCCGUUUAAUUAAAAACAUUUCUGAAGCUAUUGGAAACACCCCAAUUGUUAAACUUUUUAAAUUACCAAAAAAGUUUGGAAUUGAAGCAGAGAUUUUAGUUAAAUGUGAAUUUUUAAAUGCUGGAGGUUCUGUUAAGGAUAGGAUUGCUAAAAAGAUGAUUGAGAUGGCGGAAGCUGAUGGAAAAUUAAAAGCUGGUUAUAGUACUGUUAUUGAACCGACAUCUGGAAAUACCGGAAUAGGUCUAGCUUUAAUGUGUGCCAUUCGUGGAUACCGCUGCAUUAUUGUAAUGCCCGAAAAGAUGAGUUUAGAAAAAGAAGUUAUUCUUCGCUCUUUGGGGGCAGAAAUUGUUAGAACGCCUACUGAGAAAGGUCAUGCAGAUGCUGAUUCCCAUAUUGGUGUUGCUUUACGUCUUCAAAAAGAAAUACCUGGAGCUAUCAUUCUUGAUCAGUAUCGAAACGAAGGAAAUCCUUUUGCUCAUUAUGAAGGAACAGCAGAAGAGAUUCUUUGGGCAUGUGACGGGAAAUUGGAUGCUUUAGUUAUUGGAACAGGUACAGGAGGUACUUUAAGUGGAGUGGCUAAAAGAGUGAAGGAAGUUGUGCCGGAAUGCAAAAUUAUUGCUGUUGAUCCGGAUGGUUCUAUUCUUGCCAAUCCAGCAUGUAAAGAGACUAAAGCUUAUGAUGUGGAGGGUAUUGGAUAUGAUUUCGUCCCAGCGGUGCUAGACCGUUCUUUAGUUGAUUAUUGGGUAAAAAGCAAAGAUGCGGCUUCUUUCUAUAUUGCUCGUGAACUUAUUAAAGAGGAAGGAAUUUUGUGUGGAGGGUCUGCUGGAUCUAAUGUUUUGGCAGCUAUGGGGAUUGCUAAAAUGCUUGGGCCAACUUGCCGUCGUGUUGUGACUAUUGCUCCAGACAGUAUUAGGAAUUAUAUGUCAAAAUUCUUAGACGAUGAAUGGCUGAAUGCUAAAGGACACAUUUCUACUGAAAACUUUGAUUUGACAGAAAAUUUUGUUAUUGAAAAAGGAUCUAAUUAA